UCUGCCUCGUGUGCGCGGGGGCGAGUUCCCACACCACCGUACGUCACCGUCCACCGCACCGCACGCGCCGUCGUCCAUGGAGAGUCUCCUCAGCAAGGUGUCCAGCGCCGCGGCCGCCUGCGCACGCCGCGUCUCGCGCGCGACGCGACGCCUCCCGCGCACGGCGCGCCGCCUCCUCCAACGCGCACGGCGGCCGCGCCGGGACUUCAGCCAGCUCGUGCCGACCGACGACGAUCACCAUCAGAAGGAGGCCAGCGACGGCGCCGGCGAGGAGGAGGGCGGCAGGGAAGAGGAAGAAGGCGGCGGCGGCCUGUGGCGCCGGGCCGUUCUGAUGGGGGAGCGGUGCAAGCCGCUGGACUUCCCAGGCGCCAUCCACUACGACAGCUCCGGCCGGCUGCUCCCGGCGGCGCCCUCGCCCCGCAGCGGCGCCGGCGGCAAGGCGGCGGGAGCGCUGUUGUGCCGCUCGGCGCGCGACGUCGACGAGGCCGCGACGGCACCCAGCAAGGCUAGGCUGGCUAAGGCUAAGCACGUGUAGGUGUAGCCGCUCCGCUCCCGAUCAUCGGCGUUAAUGGCUGCCAUCUCUCCGUGCUCCUUCGACUCGCAUAUGGAGUUGUGAUGGUUGCUUGUUGCGUUCUGAACUUAACGAAUGGAUGUCGUUUGGAUUUGCAGUAAAUCGCUCAGUAAAAACUAAAAUGUACAAGGAAAUCACCUGAAUUUAUCCAAUGAAUGAACUUAAAGCGAGUUUGCUGUC